AGGAAGCAAAUGUCCAACAGCAGCUUCCUCACUGGGUUUCUCCUCCUGGGGUUUGCGAACACCGGGGAGCUGCAGCUCUUGCACUUCUCGCUCUUCCUGGGCAUCUACCUGGCUGCCCUCCUGGGCAACGGCCUCAUCAUCACAGCCGUAGCCCGUGACCACCACCUCCACACCCCCAUGUACUUCUUCCUCCUCAACCUCUCCCUCCUCGACCUUGGCUCCAUCUCCACCACUGUCCCCAAAUCCAUGGCCAAUUCCCUGAGGGACACCAGGGCCAUUUCCUACUCAGGAUGUGCUGCCCAAGUCUUUUGGUUUCUCUUCUUAAUUUCAGCCGAGUUUUAUCUCCUCACUGUCAUGGCCUAUGACCGCUUUCUUGCCAUCUGCAGACCCCUGCACUACGGGACCAUCAUGGGCAGCAGAGCUUGUGUCAAAAUGGCAGCAGCUGCCUGGGCCAGUGGUUUUCUCAAUGCUCUCCUGCACACUGGGAACACAUUUUCAAUACCACUCUGCCAAGGCAACACAGUGGAGCAGUUCUUCUGUGAAAUCCCCCAGAUCCUCAAGCUCUCCUGCUCAGGCUCCUACCUCAGGGAGGUUGGGCUUCUUGCGGUUAGUCUUUGUUUACUCCUUGGGUGUUUCAUUUUCAUUGUGGUGUCCUACGUGCAGAUCUUCACUGCUGUGCUGAGGAUCCCCUCUGAGCAGGGACGACACAAAGCCUUUUCCAUGUGCCUCCCGCACCUGGCCGUGGUCUCCCUGUUUGUCAGCACUGGCAUGUUUGCCUACCUGAAGCCCCCCUCCAUCUCCUCCCCAGCUCCGGAUCUGGUGGUGGCAGUUCUGUACUCGGUGGUGCCUCCAGCAGUGAACCCCCUCAUCUACAGCAUGAGGAACAAGGAGCUCAAGGAGGCACUGAGGAAACUGGUUCAAGUGGUACUGUUUCAGCAGCAAUAA